CAUAUACACGUCGCUCGGUAACGGAGGAGAGUGCAGAGACAAUUCAUUCGGCCACUACCAAGACUCGAGCAGGGUUUCGUGGGUUUUGUUUGUUAGGCUCUCUUUUAUAAAGACUUCUUUUAUUGAAAAUAUGAGGGGUUUAGGCCUCGUAUUCCUUGGCCUAAUUGUCGCCGUCUCUUGCUCAGGUUCGGAGGCCGAUGAUUCUGGCAAAAAGGGCCCAAAAGUUACGGAUAAGGUAUGGUUUGAACUCGAAAUUGGUGGUGAGAAAGCCGGUAUAGUCGAGAUCGGUCUUUUUGGAAAAACCGUGCCCAAAACUGUUAAAAACUUCGUCGAGCUCGCCAAGAAGCCUGAAGGUGAAGGCUAUAAAGGUAGCAAAUUCCACAGAGUCAUCAAGGACUUUAUGAUCCAGGGUGGUGACUUUACCAAAGGAGAUGGAACUGGAGGUAGGAGUAUCUAUGGUGAUCGUUUCGAAGAUGAAAAUUUCAAGUUGAAGCAUUAUGGUGCUGGUUGGUUGUCCAUGGCUAACGCUGGAAAAGAUACUAAUGGAUCUCAAUUUUUUAUCACUGUUAAGCAGACUCCAUGGCUUGAUGGUAGACAUGUUGUUUUUGGAAAAAUCAUCAAGGGAAUGGAUAUAGUUAGGAAAGUUGAAAACUCAAAGACAGAUGGAAGAGACAAGCCAGUGAAAGAUGUUGUUAUUGUAGACUGUGGUGCAGAGACUGUUGCUGAGCCAUUCAGCGUUUCUAAAGAUGAUGCCAGUGAAUAAACAUGCCAAUUACCUCUUAUAGUUAAUUUUUUACAUGUGCUCGAAAAGCAAUUCAUUUUUUUAACAAUUUUAAUA